AUGACGACGGCGCGGCAGUGGUGGAGGCGCGCGGCCGCGGCGGCCAAGGACAAGAAGAGCCUGUGCCUGACGCGCGCCGCGGGGGCGCUGCGCUCGCCGGCCAGGGUCAGGGGCGGCGCGGCGGAGCUGGACGCGGCGGUCAUCCGCGCCACCAGCCACGACGACCGCUUCGUGGACCGCGGCGCCGCGGCGCGGGUGCUGGACCUUGCGCGCGCCUCCUCGCCGUCGCCGCUCGUGUGGGCGCUGGCGCACCGCGCGGGCCGGACGCGCUGCUGGGCCGUGGCGCUCAAGGCGCUCAUGCUCGCGCACCGCCUGCUCCUCCUCGCGCAGCCCCGCGCCAGAGGCCGCGUGCCGUUCGACCUCGCCGACUUCCGGGACCGCUCCUCGGCCGGCUUCUCCGCCCUCGUGCGCGCCUACUUCCGCUUCCUCGACGCCCGCUCCCUCUUCGCCGCCGAGGAAGACGACGGCGCCGGCGCCAACGGCGACGAGGACGAGGACGACGAGGAGACGCGCCUGCUGGACCGCCUGUCCAGGCGGCAGCACCUGCUCGACCUGCUCAUGCAGAUUCGGCCCUACGGGGACGGCAUGGAGCGGCAGAGCCUCGUCCUCGACGCCAUGGAAUGCGCGGUCGUCGAGAUCUUCGACGUGUACGGCCAAGUACGCGCCGGCAUCGCUGAGUACCUCGUCGCCGUCGGGGGCUCGACGCCGACCACGCCGACGCCGAGGCCUCGGCCGGGAGAGACCGUGGCGACGGCGAGGCGGCGCAGGGCCAUGCAGGGAGUGCGGGUGCUGCGGAAGGAGACGGAGCAGAGCGCACUGGUAUCGUCCUACUUCGAGCUCUGCCGGACCCUCGGCGUGCUCAGCGCCGCCGAGUUCCCGGCCGUGGAGCGCGUCCCGGACCACGACAUCAGGGACCUCGAGAAGCUCAUUAUGGCCCACGUCGAAGACGGCGGCUGCAUGGUGGAGCAGGACAACGAACCGAAGGCGUUGGUGGGCCCCAUGGAGGACGCCGGCGUGGCGUCGACGACGGUGGCCAUGAAAGAGUGGAUGGUGUUCGACGACGAUGCGGGUACCGGACUUAGGCAAGGGCAAUUUGGUGAUUACGUCAACCCGUUCCUAACCAACUUGACGGAGUUUGGCGAGACGUGA